AUGGCUGAUAAUUCUCUGAACCCCGUUCCCUUUUCCGAGCCGCCAUACCUGCGCGGUCUCCCGUCCCCAUAUAUCACACCCGCCCACCUCCGCUUCCAGAAAGCAUGCCGCAAAUUUAUAUGGGACAAUCUGCUCCAGCAUGCAUUGGAGUGGGAGCGCGAGGGAACUGUGCCAAGCCAUGUCUUCCAAACAUUCAGCAAGCAUAAUAUGCUGCUGCCCAACAUGCCUGCACCACUCCCCGUGGACUGGCUUAAACGGUUGGGAAUCCAUGACAUCCUAGGUGUCAAAGUGGAAGACUGGGAUUAUAUCUAUACCGGGAUCUACUGUGAUGAGCUGGCACGGUCAGGUCUCAGUGGGCCUAGUGGCUCAUUGACUGCUGGCUUUGCUUUUGGCAUCCCCCCGAUUGUCAAAUUUGGUAGCCGAGAGCUACAAGAGCGAUUCCUCCCUGAUCUGCUGACAGGUAAAAAACGGAGUUGCAUUGCCAUCACGGAGCCUGAGGCCGGUAGUGAUGUUGCGAACAUUGUCACCACUGCCGUCAAGAGUGCCGACGGUCAACAUUUCAUUGUCAACGGAAGCAAGAAAUGGAUCACCAAUGGCAUCUGGUCGGACUAUACGACCAUGGCUGUGCGAACCGGUGGACCAGGCCCAGGGGGUCUCUCAGUGCUAGUUGUGCCCCUUCAGAACCAGCCGGGAGUUACAAUGCGCCGACUUAAGGUCUCGGGCCAGAUCACCGGCGGAACCACUUACAUCGAGCUCGACGACGUCAAGGUUCCAGUGUCGAACUUGGUCGGUAAGGAAGGAAAUGGCAUGCGGAUUAUCAUGACCAACUUCAACCAUGAACGCCUCGUCAUCUCCGUUGGUGUUACUCGACAAGCCCGUGUGGCCCUCUCUUCUGCAUUCGCAUACUGCCUCAAGCGUGAGGCAUUCGGGAAGACGUUGAUGGAUCAGCCGGUGGUGCGACACCGACUCGCCAAAGCCGGCGCUGAGCUUGAAACCAUGUGGGCGUGGGUGGAGCAGAUUCUCUACCAGUUAUGUCAUCUCAGCAAGGAAGAGAGUGACCGGCAGCUGGGAGGCUUGACAGCCCUGGCUAAGGCGAAGUCGGCUAUGGUGCUGAACGAGUGUGCCCAGUGUGCGGUUCUGCUCUUUGGUGGCAAUGGCUUUACGAGAACGGGGCAGGGUGAACUUGCAGAGGCAAUUCUUCGCGAUGUUCCCGGCGCCCGGAUUCCUGGUGGCUCGGAGGAUGUGUUGCUUGACUUGUCUGUGCGCCAGUUGGUCAAAAUCUACCAAGCCCAAGAAAAGAAACUCGCGCAGGGCUCGAAGAUUUAA